GCCGUGGGAAGCGCAGCGCUUCCGCAAAGAUGGCGGCGGCGAGAGGCGCUCGGCUGCUGGGCUGGGGCGGCCGGCAGCUGCGGCGGGUACUGGAGGCCGGGAGGCAGGCCUUGCCGGAGCCCGGCCCCUCGUCGGCUGCUGUGGCCGGAGUAGCUCUGGCGGCAGCCGGCGUGGCCUGGUACCACGGCCGCAAGAGCGUGGCGGCGCCCGAGGGCGGCCCGGCAGUGCUGGCGCAGAAAGAUGUCAACUAUGGAGAGAUGAUAGAGAAAAUAUCUCUUCGUAAGCAACGCUUCAUGCAGUUCUCUUCACUGGAACAUGAGGGCGAGUACUACAUGACCCCAAGAGACUUCCUCUUCUCAGUCAUGUUUGAGCACAUGGAACGUAAAACUUCAGUCAAGAAGCUGACAAAAAAGGAUAUUGCCGAUACACUAUCAGGAAUCCAGAAAGCUAGCUAUGGAUGUACCUUUUUUAGAGACCUGGGCGAUAAAGGGUUGAUUUCAUACACUGAAUAUCUUUUCUUGCUUACCAUCAUCACAAAACCUCAUUCUGGGUUUCAUGUUGCUUUUAAAAUGCUGGAUACAGAUGGUGAUGAGAUGGUUGAGAAGAAGGAAUUUUACAAGCUGCAGAAGAUCAUAAGUAAGCAAGAUGACUUGAAGAUUAUAGGUGCUAAAAGAGAAUGCCAGAUACCUCAGGCAACAGAAAAAGAAUCUGAAAUUAACACCACCCUUCAGAUACGUUUCUUUGGGAGAAAAGGAGAAAGGAAACUUCAUUAUAAAGAAUUUCGAAGGUUUAUGGAAAGUUUACAGACAGAGAUCCAAGAAAUGGAAUUCCUGCAGUUUUCAAAAGGCCUGAGCUUCAUGAGAAAAGAAGACUUUGCAGAGUGGCUGCUUUUUUUCACUAACACUGAAAAUAAAGACAUUUACUGGAAGAAUGUGAGAGAGAAGUUUACAGCAGGAGAGAGCAUUAGUCUGGAUGAAUUCAAAUCAUUUUGUAAUUUCACAACACACUUGGAAGACUUUGCUAUUGCCAUGCAAAUGUUCAAUUUAGCUCACCGCCCUGUAAGGCUCGCGGAGUUUAAGAGAGCCGUGAAAGUAGCAACAGGACAGGAACUCUCAAAUAAUAUUUUGGACACUGUCUUUAAGAUCUUUGAUCUGGAUGGUGAUGAGUGCCUCAGUCAUGAGGAGUUCCUCGGAGUUUUGAAAAACAGGAUGCAUCGAGGUUUAUGGGUGCCACAGCAACUAAGCAUCCAAGAAUACUGGAAAUGUGUGAAGAAAGAAAGCAUUAAAGGAGUAAAGGAGGUCUGGAAACAAGCUGGAAGAGGUCUUCUGUAGAAAAAAAAAUUAAAACAACUUGAGAAUCCUGUUACUCCAAACAUCAGAAUUGGGGGCUAUUUGAAAGUACUAAAUGCUUAUCUUCUCUAAGUCUUCAUUGAUUUCUUUUGUAAGAUGAUGAUGCCUUUUAUUUACUUUCCAAUUCUGUCAUUUCCAAUAAGAUUUCACUCAAAAUUACAGAGAAUAGGAAAGUUAUUCUUUUAUGAAAACAGAUACUGGAUUCUGUCUAAAGGCACAGACUGAAGUUAUGCUUUGCACUUUGUCAAGACAGAAAACCUUGUUGUUUACUGAUUGCACGGACAUAGCAUUGUGUCAUGCACUCUGGAAGGGUAGCUACGUAUGCAGGGAAGAAGGCCAGUGCAGAUUUCACAAGUCCUGAUUCUCCUAACAGGGCAAAUUAAAACAUUUGAGGUUUCCCACCGAGGAUAUCUUAUACCUCAAAAGUUUCUUGUAUUUGUUAUGUCAUUUAGCUGUAUAUUAAAUGUUUUUGAAAUGGCAUGUAAAUUUCAAUAUUGUACCUGGGAAGAGAAUAAAGUAAUUAUGGUGAUACAGAA